CAGUAGGCUAGAUCAUCCCUGUUCAGUUUUGGGUCGAAUAGGGAAACAGCGAGCCAGUUGCCCUAAAAUCAACAUGGAUAGAAUAGUGUCACGGACCACUAGUCAGUCUUAUCAAUUAACAUGUCUCUGGGCCUGCCUCUACAGUUUAGGUAGGAGGAGGGCUGAGGUCUCCUCAAACGAUUUUCCUCACACUAUUCCCUCUGGCCAAUGCUGCCCGGACCAGCACUCGAGUACGAAUGACUUCUGGACUGUACAGAGUAACUGUGUGAGGGGAGCCUACAUACAUAGUCCUGGCUCAUGUCACAUUCUGAAGAAACGUCCAUUUACCGUGAGGGCAGGCCAGCCCUGUGAACCACAGUACCUCGUUAGGAUGGGUGUCCCCAAAAUGAAGACGAGAGCCCAGUCACCCCACAGAGACACCAUCUCCCCGGUACCUUCAUACUACUCUGAGCCCGCCUACCUGCAGCACCGCAAGGAUGUCACCAGAGAUCUUCCCUCGCUGCCCGCCGGCAGGAGGCGACACCCGAGCGAGGAGGAGGAAGAGGGAGACGAAGAGACGCUAAGCCUCCGGAGCAUGCCCAGUAGCCUCCCCCCGACGGUCAGAAGGUCCCGGGGGAACCCUAAAAGACACCCCGCCGUCCUCCCUGAGCUCCGGUUGCCCCCCGUCAUGAAGACCAGUCUCCAUGACUACAGAGAACAUCUUGAAGUGAGGGGGACUGGAUACACGAGGUGCAGCAGAUUUCCACCCAUCCUCAAAUCAACCGGACCCCGAAGGCCUCGGUACCACGACAGACCUCCUGGCCGGGCAGGACACAGGCCUGAACAGCAAGUGAAUGUCCCUUGUGGAGCUCCAGAGAAGGAACGGGACGGUUUGAAACAGGAGGAACACCUUUCAGCUCCGCGUGCUUCGACCACGUCCAAAGUCCUGUCUGAUCCACCUCCAUCCAAGGCCCAGCGAAUCACUUUUCACAACCCCGUAGUUCAGGAGGUGUACCCCAUCACCCCUGACAACGUGACUCAAACACGGAAGCCGGUGGAGGACGGACAGCCCCUCUAUCUCAGAGGGCUCAAGCCGCGCCUUCCGACGGUCAACCCCCCUCCUCGCUCCUCUGUGUGGACUGACCCGAAGACUUCAGCCCAGUGUAGGGCUGAAUGGACUGAACCAAGGGCUCUGACCCAUGGGGGGAGGGGGAUGCUGGUGAUCAGUCUGGGCAUCACUCUCACCAAGACGGACAGCAGCAGUGCCAGACAGGCCGGGCCCCAGUACUACCCCAUCCAUCCCCUGAACCCAUCCCUGAGAAGACUUUCGAUCCCCAAUGCCAGGCGGCCGAGGCUCUGGGGAAGACGGGGGACGACGUUGGGGAGUCUGUUGGAGGAGGAGGGGUGUCUGUCGCCCCCCGUCCCUGUCCAGCGUCAGCCAGGAUUGCUUGAGCCGUUCACCGGGUUCACGGAGCAUCUCCGUCACCAGCUCGCCCCAGCCCCAUGCCUGUCCUACACGACUCAGCUCCAGGAAGAGGUCCCUGUUGGAGACCGGCGGGCAUUUGGAGGGGUGCAGGAUCUUCAGGGACAUACAGUGCAAACAUCCUGCAGUCCUCUGCCGUCCGGACCUGUGGGUCCCGGAGGGCUGCUGCCCAAAAUCACCAUGACCAGACCAACUCCUUCACCCAAGCUCCCUCGCCUCCUGUCGCCUACUGAGAACAGGCAUGCGGCAUAGACUAUGGACUUGACUGAGUCUUUGACAACAUACUGCUCCUGGAUAUGAGACCAAGGGAACACAAGCUUGUACUUGAUAUUUAUUUAAUGCUUUGAGGAAAGCGUUAUAAAUUCUUUAUUAGGUGACAACAUAUUCCCUCAAAAUCAUUGUGGACCAAAGGGUCAAGUUCAAGUAUUUACCAGUCCCAUUAAAAUGUCUGUUAAUUACCCAGAACACUCAUCCGAAUCAAUGUACAAUGGCGAUUAGGGUUAAAUGCCUUGCAACAGGAUACAACAUAUUUUGUUUACCUGUACAGAUUGGUUAUAAGGUUGUCUGCCAAUCUACUGGACCAUUUUGACACAGAACUGUAAAUCUACUGGACCGUUUUGAAACGGAACCGUCAAUCUACUGGACCGUUCUGAAAUGGAACUGUCAAUCUACUGGACCGUUUUGACACAGAAAUGUAAAUCUACUGGACCGUUCUGAAACGGAACCGUCAAUCUACUGGACCGUUUUGACACGGAACCGCCAAUCGACUUGACCGUUUGGACACGGAACCGUCAAUCUACUGGACCGUUUUGACAUGGAAUCCUUAAUCUACUGGACUGUUUUGACACUGAACCGUCAAUCGACUGGACCGUUUUGACAUGGAAACCUUAAUCUACUGGACUGUUUUGACAUGGAAACCUUAAUCUACUGGACUGUUUUGACACGGCACAGCCAAUCAACUGGACUGUUUUGACACGGAACCAUUAAUCUACCGAUCUGUUCUACGCAAAACCGUCAAUCUUUAGAGACGUGGCCACGCGGCCCAGGGGAACACCACCAUCAGCACUGCUAAUGAGGAGGAUAAUUGUUUCAGCCGUACGGAUCGAUACAGCCGUGACUGCUGAGACAGGCACCAUGGUGACCACUAUCGAUCAGGACUUGAGUGCGGCACAAAUUACAGUCUCAUUUAGUGCACUACUUUUGACUGGGGCCAGGUUGGCUCUAUAUGGGAUAAGGUACCAUUUAGGAUAUAUGUCUUGUCCUUGUCUGACAAUUAUGUGAACUUAGGACAAGUUCACAUAUGUUUGCUGUGUCGGUGCAUGGAGUUUUUGUUUUUAUACUGACAACUCCUCCAUUUUGGAAAGCAUUGUGUCAUAAAUAAUUUUUUAUAGAAUUUUUGAUUAUUACACUAAUGUAUAACCGUCUUCGUUUAGGUUUACAAGCUUUUCAAUGGCAUCUUGGCCGGCAGUCACAAAUGUGCUUGUUAUGACGCUUUUCUCUACUGAGGAAAUAAACAUUCACUUCAAUAGGCUAUAAUUGUCAUGAUAUUCGGGCAACAGAAACAAGAUAAAACGCAGACGGUAAAAUAAGGUAAUGGCCAUGCUCAAUUUGUGCUCCGAAGCUAGAGCACUAAGCACCUCUUUCAAACAAAUCUGGAUUAGCGAUCAUCGCAUUCAUGCUAUGUAGAUGCUAGGUUUUGCACAUGCGCAAGAAAUAAAGUCCCUCUCCCUCGCUGACCUCCUCAUUUCCUUUUUUACGUGUGUUUUCAUGAUUUAUUUUUCUUACUGUCCCAGAGGUCACACUUAGCGUCUAGCGAUAGAGCAAGGCCAAUUGCUAAAGGCUGACCGCUAGCUGUUGGGUGGUCAACACGGCUGAGCUGUAGUCGUUUGCUGUGGGGGACAAUGGUGACUGUAGUUGGGGAGGGAGAGAGUGGGGGAGAGCUUGGCCGCGGGAAGGUGUGGGAAGAGUGCAGGGCAUGCUGUAACCCCAUCUGUCAUAGCCUCAGCACCCUCUGAAGAGAUCCCAAGAUUCCCUUUUCUGGUGUGGCUGUUACUGAUGCAUGCAUGUAGUUUGUCUGUGUUGGUCGUGAAUCGUGUAAAUGCCACUAAAGGGCAAGCGUCGUCUAUCCUAGCCAGAUACCUUCCCUCACUUAUCUAUUAUCUUACCUGCA